AUGGCUUUAGGUUCAUCCGCUGCCGGCACCAAACCCACCCCGCCCCCCACCGAGGCCUGGACGCCGCCCCCCGCCGACCCCGCUGCCUCACUCCUCCCCGACUGCAACGCCAGCGAGGACGGCUCCGGACUCUGCGACUUCUCCUACACCUGGGAGUCCAGGGCCUUGGCCGACGCCCCCCGGCCCGCCUCCACCCCCGCCACGCCCACCGCCCCCUCCACCAACCAAUCCCACGAGCCCUUCGUCCCCCUGAACCCGGCCAUGCUGGUGCCGCUCUACACGGACUGGAACAGCGCCAUGGCGACCUGGGGCCCGGCCUGGCACGCCCACGUCUACAGCGCGGGGCUGUUCUUCGCCGCCGUCGCCCUGGCCUCGGCGCUCAACCUGCUCUGCCUGCCGCUGCGCUGUCCGUCCGGCUGCGGCUACUUCGCGCUGGUCAGCGUGUUCCUGCUGGCGGCGGGCGCCACGCGCUCCUUCUCGCUGCUGUACGACGCCUACGGCCACCACGGCGGCCUGCCCUCGGCCGAGGCCGCAGUGCUCCUCCAGGAGGCGCUGUUCCCCUGCCUGACCGCCGCCUUCGGCCUGGUCUUCCUGCUGCUGUCCAUGCGCUCGCGCAUGCAGCUCUCGUACUCGGCGUUCCAGCGGCCCUUCUUCCUGGCGUGCCUGGUGGCGCUGCACUUCGCGGCGGCCUUCGGCCCCGCCACGCUGCUCCACCUGUACCGCGGCAGCCCGUCCGUCCGCCUCUUCCUCUGCCUGCUCUCGCGCGGCGCCUUCGUGGCGCUGGCCGCCUUCCUGUCGGCCGCCUACUUCGUGUUCUACGUGUACGUGCGCGCCGACUCCAAGCACAUCUACCACCUGAACAACACGUCGCCCACCCCCGCCGAGCGCUACAACCGCUGCCCCUUCGCCGAGAGCCGGGACUGGGACCGCGCCGCCGUGACCGUGUGCGUGUCGGCGCUCUUCUGCCUGGGCUGCGCCGGCCUGCAGCUCUACGCCAUGCUCAGCGCCAUGGGCGUCGCCGGCGGCGAGGAGCUCUUCCGCGCCUGGCCCUGGUGGACCUUCCAGUUCAGCUGCCGGGUGUGCGAGCUGGGCGUGUGCAUCACGCUGGCCCUGGUGGUGGCGCAGCCCGUCUACUGCUCCAGCGGCCUGCCGGGCGCCGGGAGCUGCUGGACCGAGCUGCUGGCCGCCAAGUCGCCCCUGCUGCCCGGGACGUACCACUGGACGCUCAGCCAGCAGGAGAAGCUGGCCAUGAGGGAGACGGGGCUGGGGCUGGGCGAGACGGAGAGCCUGCCCCUCUACAGCCUGGUGGACGAGAGGCUGGGCGGCAGCCUGAACGGCCUGGACCUCCUGUACCACAGCAACCGGGCCCUGGCGUACCGGGACCUGGACCUCACGGGCUCCGAGAAGCCCGACGGCGUGGCGGGGGGGCCGGCGUCGGGGCGGUCGUCGGUGACCAGCGACUCCACGGCGGACCUCCGGCCCCCCUCGCCCAUCGACCUGCGCCGCAGCAUCGACGAGGCGCUGUUCGGCGAGUCGCUGUUCCCCAUGAGCCUCUUCAGCCCCGGCACGCCGCUCGGCUGCAGCGACCUGUCCCUCGCCAUCCUCGGCCCGCUGCCCAACGGAGGCCACUCCCUCUUCGGCCGCGACCCGCUCUCGGCGGACGCCGGCCCGUACCGGACGUCGUCGUCGUGCGCGGAGGUGCCCGCCGAGCCCACGUCGCGGUCCCGCGGGGUCACGGCGAUCACGGCGCCGGCCGCCCCUCCGUCUCCGUCGCUGUCCGUCUCCACCAGCUGCUCCUCCCCCGAGCGCUGGAGGGGCAGCUCGUCCUCCUGCGCCUCCUACAGGCCGUCGUUCGGCGGCUCCUCGCUGGUGCUCUGCCCCAGCCCCGACGGACGCGCGGUCGCUCGGCUCGGCGAGGACGCCGCGGAUCGCCAGGUGCAGCAUGGCGCCGGCCGCCCGGGCGGCGGAGACCCGCAGAGACGCUACCAGACGCUGGGCUCGGCGUCCCAGGAGAGCCUGGCCAUGGACCUGUCGUCCGAGGCGGACCGGUCCCUGCAGGACGAGUUCAUCAGCGUCUGCAGACAGAUGGACGCGUCGAGCGUCUGCAGCGAGACGAUCGAUUUAUAAGGAAGAAUUAUCCCGUAAGAAGGAGACGGAAAAUAUAUAUAUAUAUAUAUAGGCUGCUGUAUUAAUCUCCGAGUGGAGGGAUAAGAUAGCUGCAAAAUAGUAUAGAGCCUAUUGGAUUGUGUACACACACGUUCUGCUAACACCAGGUUUUAUAUGGCCAAGACUGGAAAUGUAAAGAUAAGUCGAUAAGCUCUUAAAGGAUGAAAAUGUGUUCAAAUGAGGGUUCAAGUGCCACCAACGUCGAACGCCAAACGGUCAUUUGUAAGCGACUUUUUCAUGUUUGAUAGCGAAUGUGAAUACGCUGAAGAGAAACAUUUUACUGAGGGGACGAAGAACUUUUAAAUAAUUUGUACAAAUGUUUUUCAUGUGGAUUAAAGCACUUAUUGAAGGAGACUACUGAUAUAACAUAUUUAUCCUUACACUAUCCAAAAGAUUAACCGAUAUUCAUUCAUUUAUAUCAAGAGAAACAUUUAAUUUAUGUCAGAUAAAGAAACUAUUCACUAUAUCUAUCGAGACGAGCAUAUGUGUCUUAUAACGGUGGUGUAGCAGUGCCCUCUAGUGGUAGAACGCAGCCAGUGUUCCUCUGCCGAUAGCUGUACUGUGAGUCCUCAGAAAGCAACUUGUGCAGCUUGUUGAUGUAUGGUUUGUCAUAACAUUGCCUUUGUCAACACAUGCUUUUAAUAAAGCUUUUUAUAUACAAUCAUCCGAUUCUAUUCUUGAGGGGUCACUAUCUAUACUGCCAUACUCAACUCGUGUAAUUAAUAAUUUAACUGUUGUAAUUAUACAAAGAAGUUCGACCACAAGUUCAAACACAGAUUGACCUUUAUUUAUUUUGCUUCAAGAUAACACGCAGUUGAAUAUCCUAUUGUAAACAAGGUCCCGCACGCAUCUCAAAUACUACACUGGAGUAUUUUCUGUCCAUCUAAAACAGCAAUUGUUAGUGAAUUGGGAAGAGGUGCUUCUAGCAUUUACUGGUUAACUACAGUUGCAAGUGUGAAGCUAAAAUAAAAUGUCUCUAGUCAGAAGCAGCUCUAUCAAACACCAGCACUUCCAAAAUCCAGUGACGGGAUUUUUGCUUUGGAUGGACAAACAAAAAAAAAAAUGCAGAAAUGCACAAUAAAUCGUCAACCUCAAAAAUCUUCACGUGGAUGUGGAAAUCUUUACCAACAAAAUAUAGGAAUAUGUAUACAUAAACAUAUACAUAUAUAUCCAUACAUCAUGUACAUUUC